AUGGCUUUUAUUGAUAAAGGUAAAUUCGAUCAUAAUAUAUGCUUGCCACUAACCUUUACUGCAACUAUGAAUUAUUACAUAAGUUAAAGUAAUAUUAAGAUGCAAUUUAAUGCUUUGAUUAAGCAUUUCCAGUUUAAUACUAAAAGGAACAUAAUCCUAAAUGAUAUUUAAAUUUAGCUGAUUCACUAAAACUGUCAAAUCUAAUCUUUAAAAUUUUUGAAUUAGGGAACAAAAAUGAAGCAAAAAACUUUUAUAAACUUGCAUUGGAAAAGUGAUCACCUGACAAGAACUAUAUAAAAAAAUACUUAAUAAAUUACGAAGCUUCAUAUUUUGUAUUAUUCAAAUCAACUUAUUCAUAUCGAAAAAGGUUUUUAGUGA